AUGGCCCUGCAGUUAGAGCCCAACGGUCUCUACCUCCUCCUAGCAGAUCGAGAGUCCAGCUCGACGUUUCACUGGGGUCUCUACCUUGCCAAAUCUCCGACGGACGGCACCAUUUUUAAUAUCAUCAACUUCCCAAAUCCGAAUGUUCACAGUUAUGAAGUCAAAUCGGACCAAAAGGUCAUCACUUCCAGGCGAUACCUUUUGGCGUUGAAGGUGGGAGAUCUGCACCCCGCACUGCACGGCCCCUUGGAGACCCGCCUGUCGCAGAUCCCUAUUCAGUAUUCGAUGCGCUUCCAUGAGGCUAUGACUUGUCGCGUUUGGGUUAAGGAAGCUCUCUUUGCGUUGGAUGAUGAAGGCUAUAUCAAGCUUGUUGAAAGCAUCAAUGGUAUCGAAGCGGAGGCUAGGUUUGCUGCGAUGUUAAAUAAGGCCAACAGGAAAAGAACUGUGGUACAGUUCUUCCAAGCGAUGCUCAUAUCCUCAUUUCCUGAUCUGCUUCUACGCCUCCUUGACUGUUGCGACCUUCAAUCCACGUAUCCAGCUAGUAUUGAUGGGAUAAAGCCCACAGCUAUCUCAGAUACCUUCUCACUGGAUGGGUUCAAGUCCGCAG